CUCUUGCUCCUUCCUUCCAUCGCCUCGCCCCGCGCAGCAAGCGGCGACGAAAUCCACCAGACCAUCGCGGCAGCCCUUCGCCAACAAUGCGAAUCCACGUCCCCGAGAUGGACCAGGAAUCCUGCCCUUUGGUGAAGAACAUUAUUGUGCUGGAUUCCGAAGGGAAGCGUGUGGCGGUCAAGUACUACUGCCAUGACUGGCCCUCCUUGUCCUCGAAGCAAGCUUUCGAGAAGUCGGUCUUUUUGAGAACCAAGAAAACGAACGCUAGAACAGAAGCCGAUAUAGUAAUGUUUGACAAUUGCAUCGUUGUAUACAAGUUUAUUCAAGAUCUACACUUUUUUAUAACCGGAGGAGAUGGCGAGAAUGAGCUCAUUUUAGCAUCACUUCUACAAGGCUUCUCUGAAGCUGUUGAUUACCUUCUCAGAAACAAAGUAAACAGAAGGGCUGCGUUUGAAAACCUGGAGCUUAUCUUCUUAUGCCUUGACGAAGUUGUUGACAGAGGGAUUGUUCUGGAAACAGAUGCCAAGGCGAUUCUUGAAAAGGUUUUAGGUCAUGGACUGGAUGGAUCUGGGUCGCUCGCUGAGCAGAAGGUAAGCAAUGCCCUGGCCACGGCAACAAGACACUUUGCGAGAUCUAUUUUCAAUUAAUGGCGAACAUCCUUCAGGUUGAGACGAUUGACGAUGAGCUAACAUCAGAUAGAUAGUUGUGUCUCCGUUAGCAGAUCAAUGCUCCCAGUUUGAUGUGUCCUUCGAACAUCUGUCGCCGCACAGUUGUUAUUCUUGUGGUUCCAUAUCGAUCUUGGGGUAAUCGAGCACAGUAAACAUGUCACGUUUUUCUGCUCAAAUCAAACAUGAGCUGGCUUCUCGGUUUCCAAAUUGUGACUUCAGUAUAUACUGCUGCCAUGUUUUGAUAUACGUUGACGACCAAGAGUAAUCGUUUCGACGUGAGUGAACUUCGGCCUGGUUUGGAAUUUGAAUGAAACUAGAGCUUACCGAUUUCUUUAU